CUGACCACCGAAGAGACAACUCCGUGGUCAUGAAAAAUAUGGCCAUUGCUUCAUCAGUCAACCUCCUUCUGUUCACCGCUUUUGUUCCUGUCACUAUUGUGGGCGCCACCUGUCGGCCCGAGUACCAGAAUCUCCCGAGUGGUCUUGUGCACACGGCCUGCAAGCCUCCCAACCCAAACUGCACCCUCAUAGCGACUGGACUCAGCGCGGUUGAGAAGGUAGAAAUGCUUAAGGCCCACAACGACCUCAGAUCCCAAGUGGCACAAGGGCGGCUGUCCGGAUUUCCCACGGCUACAAACAUGUACCGCUUGAAGUGGGACGACGAAUUAGCAGACGUGGCCCAGGCCUUCACCAACCAGUGCGACCACCACCACGAUAAACCGGAGCAACGAAUCACUACUAAGUUCCCGAAAGUGGGUCAGAACCUCGCCUGGAACUUCGAGUCGGCGAACACACCAGUUGUAGACAGCGCCGGCCGCGUAAAGGAUUGGAUCGACGAGUACAAGGACUUCCAUCCCGGCAAUAUCGAUCCUUUUAGCGUUAAUCGUGGACCCGUCGUGACUCAUUUCACGCAGGUGGCAUGGGCAGAAACACGCUACCUAGGCUGUGGUUACACACACUUCAAACUUCAACAGAACCCCAACCCGGGCCUGCCUUUUACGAAGCUCUUCGCGUGCCACUAUGCGCCAGCUGGAAACACCAUUGGUAUGUCCAUGUACAAGCGAGGAGCGUCUUGCAGCGCAUGCCAAGAUGGAACUAGCUGCGAUUCUGCCAGUGGUCUCUGCCGCACGCCCGGCGAGUCGGAUGGCAUCGGGGAAUCGGAGAGCGGCGGCGGCAGCAGUAUUGUGUGGGCAAUACUGGCGAUUGUCCUCAUCGGCUUACUAGCCGCCGCAGCUGCCGGCGUUGCAUAUUUUUACGUUCGCACUAGAACGGCCGCUCCAGAUGAACCCGAGUGAGAGACGUGGUGGCUGAAGAAGCUGCUGCAAGGUCCAAGAAUAUAAUGAACCAGCUUAUACACCUGUAAUCGCGCUUAUUAGUCAUUCCUCUUGUAUUGCGUCCUCUAUUA